AUGGCGGAAUCUAAUAAUGUCGCUAGCAACGGAACUACAGAUGAAGACAAGAGCGGAGGCGCUGAGAUGAGAAGUAACGGUCAGGGGAAUACGAGGUUCACGAUAUCGACACCCACUUCGCCGGAAAAAAAUGGUGGAGACGAGAGACAAGACGUGAAGCAUGAGGGCUCCGGAGUUGGAGGUGGAGCUGGGGAUGGCGAUGAGGAUGGAAAUCGGCUGCAAGAGACGCAACUGACAUUGGACGAAGGGACGCAGAACGACGAGAGCCAGGGGGGACAGGGGGACUUGAUGUUCAAGAAGAAGGACGUGAGGCGGUCGAGAACACAGUCAUUUCAAUCGGUGCUUUCGUCCGCGUCGUUGAAGUCGUUGAAACAACUGUGCGCCAGUAACCAGCAACAGGGGACGCAAGGCCAGCCACUGCAGAGAACGAACAGUUUCAUAAGCACACAUAGUAAUCCGAAUACGGUGAAAAACUUCCAGUCGUUCAUCCAGGCGCCCGUGUUAUCAAGCAUAUCGAACUUGAGAGGUAACGUUGACGAUGUCGAAAUAGGCCAGAGGCUUCCAUUCAGCAGCCAGCGUGGGAAUUACCAGGGUGAUCUUAACGGAACAGACUGCGGGAAUAAAGGAAAUGGGUCGUCUUCCACAACGUCGUUGAAUGAUGACGAUGAGGCAGCAGACCAGGAUACCAUGAUGCAACAGCAGAAAUUAACGUUAAAUGCAUUGAGAAAGUUGACCUUGUCUCCAAUGCCCAUAAUCAAUGGUGACGAAAGCAUGCCGCAGAGGAAGCUGAUAUCGCGAAAGUCGUCGUCUAAAUUGACGGACAAAUCUUCAAGAAACUUGGAGCCUUACCAACCGGCAGAGGUUGAUUUAUCAUCAUUUGCAAGCUUGACAAGACAACCGAAACUAAACCUAAACGAGAUUACAGGUCCAUCUUCGAGCUUAACUAACAGUGAGAUAUCGCCCACGACAUCUAAGCCGGCAAAUAAUUCAAACAGAGCAUCUGAGAAUGCAUCCACGAAUAAAUCAGGCACGCCAAAGCGUCCACCGGCGUUGCCAAGCUUAAUGGAACAGUCUGACUCGAGCAUUGCUACCAGUUCCAAUACGGACGAUGCAGAAGGUCAAAUACUGGCUACUCAAAGAUACCAUAAUGAGGUGCAUCAAAACCAUUUGCAGAAUGUAAGGGCACACAUAAAAGAUUUACCAGGAGUAAAUAGUGGGUCACAAAUAACCGGACCUUCAUCACUUAGUGAUGCAAGAAGAAAAUCGGGCCAACAAGUACCUAUGCACCAACCGGUUCCUCGCCCACAACAUCCAUAUCAACCCAACAAACCCAAAAUGAACAAACAAUUGCAGCAAAUCAACAGCUUAAGAAGUCCCAUGUAUAUUCCAGCAGUUUUACGGAUGACCCAAGAUAUCAAUCGAAGUCAGUCGGCAACCAACUCCCCCCAAAACGACUUUUUCCCAUCCAAUGUAAACGACCCUUCCGAUAGCCAUCCAGGCUCCUCGGAAACGACCCCCUCUGUACAAAAUCCUUUACUCCACAAUGUACUUCAAGAAAACUUAACGUCUACACUGUCAAGAGGAUCAACGAAUUCUGUCGAGUCGUUUAAAUCUACGGAAAGCUCUUCACCACCUGUCAUGUCCCCAACUGGUCCAUUCACCGUAAGCAAAAGAAAAUACGAAACCAUAUUGAGACAGGCUCCUACAAGGAAGCAUUGGGUUAGGGAUGAGUCUGUUAACAAGUGCGGGAUUCCAACAUGCUCGAAGGUAUUCAACUUCUUCGAAAGAAGACAUCACUGCAGAAAAUGCGGUGGCAUAUACUGCAAAGAGCACACGUCGCAUUACCUCUACAUCAACCAUCUAGCCCAAUUCACUACUGGGGGUCGUGGUACCUUGUCUAAAGUAUGUGAUAAUUGCAUCGAAGAAUACAAUGAGUUCAUGAGACAUGAAUUCGGUGUUAGCAUUAACCCAACCUGUAACAGAAAAAUAUCCGCACCCCAGCCAUCGCAUACCCUGAAAAAACAGCAAUCUGCUGACAAGCUUGGCAAGAUGCCAAAAGAAUCUCUCAUAAAAUCCAUAAAUAAUCUGAAGGUGGGUGAAUCGACUACAAAUAGAAACGAUCAACCCGUUGGAAGUGUCCCUGCAAACUGGAGUUGGAGUUCUUUCUAA